UCGGAAUCCUCGGCGGCACUUUCGAUCCCGGUGCAUCUCGGACACUUGGAGAUUGCGCAGCGGGCGAAGGAGGAGGCAAGGCUUGACCAGAUCAUUUUUAUACCAGCCGGGCAGCCUCGCCUUAAGUCCGCCGAGCCGACUGCCGGUCAAGGGCAGCGGCUGAGUAUGCUCCGCCUCGCUGUGGAUGGUGUAUCGGGCUUCGAGGUGUCCGACGCUGAGCUGUGGCGUUCCGGACCGACUCAUACUGUGGAGACGUUGCGGGAUCUUGGAGAUGAGUUAGGUGGAGGCUGGGAGCUGGUAUUCAUCCUGGGCCUUGAUGUCUUGUCCAAAUUCGACGAGUGGGUUGAUCCUGAGGGUGUGGUUGAAUUGGCCAGCCUGCUGGCGGUAAGCCGGCCAGGGUAUGCAGCCUUCGACUGGGAUGGAUUCUACGAGCGCUGUCCGUAUGCUGCGGGACGGGUGGAGUGCAUCGACUCUACCGCCAUUGAUAUCAGCGCCAGCGAGCUGCGUCGACGACUUGCCGAGGGGACGCCGGUUGACGGACUGAUGCCGGAGGCGGUGGCGCGGUAUAUCCGGGAGAACGGUUUGUAUGGGACCUGA